GGGAGGACCGCGAGAGAAGAGGAACUCGAGGCGAGGUAGCAUCACGCAAAACAGACCCCCGGGGUUACCCCACCGCACUUAUCCCACCGCGUCGUCACCGUCGUCGUCCCCACCACCGCCCUGCCCUGGAUACCGUGGUUAUUGCGCAGUUGGAAAAAUUGCUGAGCACGGACGCGGGACGUCGUCCCCGAGAGUUCGCAGCCCCGCGGACGUUUACCGGCUGAUGAGUUGAUGUGAGUGAGAAGGAGGUAUAUCGAGCCGAAAGAGACAGAGAAAGCGAGAGAUACAAACAUCCGAGCCAUGACGAACUCCGCGCCCAAGUUAGACAAGGCUAAGGUGGACCGGCAGGCCUCGCCGAAGGUCGGAUAUCAGCACAACCACCAUCAUAAUCGUUCUAAUAGUAAAUCGUCGCCGUUCCUGUAUAAGAACAAUCGCCACGCGGCCAGGAAUACGAAAGACGGCCGGCAGAGCUGCAGUCCGUACAGUCCGUCAUCCAAGAGUGCGAGGAGCUCGCCACAACAGCAACCUCAACAGCAGCAGCAACAACAACAACAACAACAGCAGCAGCAGCAGCAGCAACGUUAUGAGUAUCGCAGUCCGAGCAGUAGCCCGACCAACAACUUCUAUGCGGGCGCCAAAUUCUCAGAAACGCCAUCGCCCGCGAGCGUGCCCAAACCGCCGAGCCACUGGACGAAGAGACUGAUAGGCGCCUGCCGUCAGUCUGAUAGCAUAAGCGAGCACACGAGGCAACUGCGCAUAGUGCUGAACGUUCAGGCCUGAUACCCAGCGACCAGCGCAUUCACCAGCUACGCGCGAGGGGAGAAGCGGCGAUCGUCAACAUCUCCUAGAGAAUCAGGUACGAUAGAGAAUCAUCGUCAGUAAAAGACUCGUCGUCGAUGAAGAGGGCAGAAUAAGAGAGACGAUGAUAACGACGAUGAUGGGAACGAACGCGAAGAUAAUGAUUUAAAUAAUGAUGAUGAUGAUGAUGAUGAUGAUGACGACGAUGAUGGUGACACCGUGUGCGGUCCAUACACACGAGUUUUCGAUUUUAUCGCGCGAGUGGAUACCCCGUAAAUCCAUUCUUUACGCUAAGAUACAUCCAGAAUAACGAACUUUA